AUGGAGACUUUGUACAAGCGUCUUAACGCAGAAAUAGAAAAAGCACAAGGUGUACAAAAAGAAAUUCAAAAGUGUUAUCAAGUUCAUCGUCAAUUGUCUACUCAACUAUCCGAAAAUGAAAAUGUUAUGGAAGAUUUGGGUUUCCUAAACGAAUCCAAUACUAUCUAUAAACUUGUUGGUCCAGUUUUAAUCAAACAGGAUCUAUCCGAAGCUAAAGAGACCGUCAGCAAAAGAAUUAACUAUAUAAAUUCUGAAAUAAAACGUCAGGAUGACAGAUUAAAAGAAUUAGAAAAACAACAGGAUGGUUAUCGCGAACAAAUCGCUAAAUAUCAACAGAAACUUCAACAGGAACAAGCAAAAGCUGCAUUGAAGGCUUAG